GUAGGAACAUCUGGAAAUGUGUCAGUUGGGUCUUUUAUUUAGAAGGCAGGAUUUAUGUCAGCUUUAUUGCGCAUUGCAGUUUCUCCUAAUCAUAGUAAUACGAGUUAACGGUCUUGGUGCAUAUAUACAGUCUUCAUCUACAAUGAAUGGGGACUGAAGCUUUAAAAAAUUACGCAAAAACACCACAAAUCUAUCAGAAACUUCGACCCAUGUGCUAUAUUGACAUGGCAGGAUUGCAUUAUAAUUAGAUACAACACUUACUACAGUGGAAAUACAAUUGUUAUAAUUUGUCUUCACAAGUUCCAUGCAUUAAAAAGACAUGUCUUCUGAAGUCUCAAUUUCUUUGUGCAAGGAAAAAAAUACCAAAAUCAUUCAUUAUUCCUUAUUUGAAUAAUUGAAUUGUAAUUGCAUGGAAAGUGCAGCCAGCACAGUUUUCAAUCAUUCUUUGUGUUGCAUGGCAGAAAGUUUUCAUUGACAUGAGGGUGAGUAAAUGAUGGCAGAAUUAUAAUUUUGGGGUGAACUAAUAUUGGGAGUUACUUUUUGUUUAAUAAAGCACAGUUUGUCACAGUGACCUAAUUCCUGCUGCAGUUUCAUCAGCCUUUCUUUUGCCCUCUCUUACUGACUGUCUUGUUGUAUCAGCAGAUACUGUCCUCUCAGCAAACUGGCCACUCAAGCUUGUUGACAGAGCUUUGCUUGUACUCUUUCAGUCGUUGGAGUGUCUGAUGGAGCAGGCUGGUUUCUAUUGUGCUGAGCUGCAUCCAUCCAUGUCACAUCUGCAGACUGAACUCGGAUAUUGUUGAAAACUGCAGAAUAACUAAAAUAAACAUGGAUUUUAAGGAGGAGGUCAGUGACUCUGAUAGCGGGAUCAUUUUGAACUCUGGCCCAGACAGUCCCACGUCUCCAGUAAAGGACCUGAGCACUCACACACGUGCCAUGAGGCUGAAGCAGCAGGCCCUUGAGGACAGACUGGAGCUUUGUGUCCUGGAGCUAAAGAAACUCUGCAUUAGGGAGGCUGAGCUGACUGGAAAGCUGCCCUCCGAUUACCCUCUCCUGCCUGACGAGAAGCCUCCACAGGUCCGGCGACGCAUCGGAACUGCUUUCAAACUGGAUGAGGGUUUUAUUUCACAAGAUGGCGAGGAGUCUGAGCUGCACGCGCUCGAGGCUGAUCUCGCUCUGCAGCGGCAGAUUUAUGAGGCAGCCCAAAAGCUCUCCCUCGAGGAGCACAUCAGCAAACCAGUGAGGAAAAGCCGACUGCAGCAGUGUAAACGUGAAGAGAAGAAGCUGAAAGAACUGCAGGAUGCAAUACUGAAACACCGCAUCAACCACGGCUGUGUCUCUCCACAGACCUGCUAUUCUUCCAGGCAGAGAGAUCUUUGUAUGUCUGAUGACAGCUCGCUGUCAGACACUGUUGCCUUGGAUGAUGACUCAGACUCUGCUCCCUUUUCUCUGGCCGUUCUGGGGUCUUCCGCGGACAGCGGUUUCCAGUGUCUGACUCUCUUGCCCAAUAACGGCCCAAAGCAAUCGAGCUCCAGUUCCAGUCUGGACUAUGAUGCCUCUCCAAUCCAGAACUCUCCAUGGAAGGAAUCCAGCUUGGACCAGCCCUACCAGAAACAAAAACCUUCUCACUCUGCCUGCAGCAGCCGCUCAAGCAGCAGCCCAACAAGCUCACCAACAGACACAAGAAUGGCAGAACUUCCUCCAACACCUCAGUUUGUGUUUAAGAGUCUGCCAGUGCAAAACAAUCAGCCAAACAGCGCCCCCUCCACCCCAGAGCUGCCACUGCACCGACAGUUCUCACAGUCCUUCAGGCUUCCCAGAAGCAAACCAGAUUUGACCAAGGCCAGCUCAGACCUGGGACGGGGCCGGACCAAGUUACCGCGUCGACGAGUGACAGAUUUUGCACUGGCCUACUCAGUUCAACGUUUAUAUCAGUGCAGCUCUGAAGAAAGCAGCUCUGAGCUUUCCAUUUCUUCAUAUAGCAGUUCCUCCAGCCGAGAGACAACCACCGAAGCACCCAAACCCUGUCCGCCUCCAUACGGCUACCACCGCACCGCUCCAAAUAAAGGACCGGGCCAGCUCAACACCCACAGUACACUCAAAAACAACAACAACAACAACCCACCUCACCUCGUGCCCAGACCCAAUCAAGUGAAGAUUAGCAAUGGGACACCACUUCAGGUGAACAUAGGGAGGCUGCAACUCGGCCCGAAUUCACAAUCUGAUCCUGUACAUACUAAUAAACCCCAAUCUGGUCCUGUACAUACUAAUAAACCCCAACAAGUUCAGGUUACUUCACCCAAACGAAUGCUCAAGCCUCCCCCACCGUACACGAAGGUGGUCCGCACGACGUCGCUAAGAGAGUAUCUCAACCACCCCAGCCGUGUGAUUCCUCGAGAAGUGGUAUCAGGGGAGCUUAAAACCUGGCACCAGAAAAACAAUAUAGCCAUAUCCAAACCCUGCUCACUUGAACGGCAAGGAUCGAUUAGAAUUAAGCGCCCAGAGCCACCACCCUACCACCAUAUUCCCUCUCAUAAACAGGUUUCUCAGAAAGUGAUUCUGCAAAGGGCUUCCGAUGGAACGCCGCUGCAGUGGUACGAAGAGGAAGACUCCGAGAUUGUGAGUCAGGUGUAACCAGGUAGAAGAAACCUAGAGUAAAUUAAACAGAGAAUAAGUGAACUCUAAUUGUACACCAUCUUUAUUUUUAUUUAUUGAGCCAAUGGACUCACUGAUGUAGUCUGAUUAUGUUAAUUCUCACCAAGACUUUUUGACCAAGUUGGAGCUGAGUCAGUGAAGUAUAUGCCUCAAUUCCAUAUAUGUCUGCAUUUGUGAUUAAAUUUCAAGUCUAAGACUUCCUUGUAAGGCAUCAUGAUAUUUAUGAUGAAUGUAUAAUAUAAUUGUGAUUUUAUUGUUGUCAGGAGAGUGUGGCCCACCUUUUGCGUAUGAACGCCCUCAAGGAAAUGACAUCAUUUAGUAUAUAUUUGUGUCUGGUACACGAUCCUUCAUAAUUAAAGUAUUAUGUAAUGUCUUCGUU